AUGAGUGACGUGGAACUCGAUCGUGAUAUAGAUAGGGACGAACCCCAACCAUACUACCAGUAUGGAAAACCUGCUUCUCCAAGAGAACCACCACCGGAGAGAAGACCUGAUAUGAUUGGCUUGGACUUGCCUUCUCGUCGUCCCGUCCGUCGUGAAGCUGAUGAUGACGCCAUGGACAGGGAUGGUGAUGAAAAUGGAAAUGGAAAUGGAAAUGGAAAAGAAAACGAAGAGGGAGAUGGAAUUGAAAACGAAAAUGGUAAUGGUGAUGAUAAUGAGGCUAAGAAUGGUGGUAGAACUAAGCAAGAUGAUGAAGUCCAAGAUGUUGUUUACGAAGUUACCGAGAAACCACUGUUUCAUGUAACAAGAGCAUUAUUUAUUGGAAACUUGCGUAAGCCGCUUAAUGCCGGAGAUUUCCAAAGGUACUUGCGUAGCUUGGCCGAGUCAAACAAGGACAUUAAAUUCAAUAUUGACAGAGCAUGGUUGAACAGAUUGAGAACCCAUGCGAUUGUUUUGGUAAGCAACGAAGAAGGUGCAGAGUUUCUCAGAUCUCAAUUGAGUGGGUCCAUUUACCCCGGUGAGGAAGAAGACCUUAGACUCAAGGAAGAAUUUGAAAAUCGCGAGACAGAACGAUUUGAACAUGAAAAGCGUAUUUACGAUGAUUUGUCUGAAGAGGAAAAAGAAAAAGCCUCCGCACCGGUUGAACCACGUGAAUUCUUCACCGAUAGGCUUCCAUUAUAUGUUGAAUAUAUCCCAGUUAAGGCAAUUGGUCAAUGGACAUUUGAGGAAGAUAAAGGACCCCGAGAUGGAAUUUGGAAGCUUGAAUUCACAACUAGAAAUGAAGAGAUUGUUGCAUCUCAUUUAUUGUUGAAUGGUGAUUAUAUUCCACAAUACCGUCCACCCUCUUACCGUGGAGGUAGAGGAAGAGGAAGAGAUAAUUAUGGACCACCACGCUACAGAGGCGGACAUGACAGAUACGUGCCUGGUCGUUCAGAACGUGGACCAUAUUCACGAGAAAGACGUGGUGGUAACGGUAAUUACAGUAGAGGUGGUCAUUAUGGUGGACACACAGACUCGUAUGUGCCAGGGCGCUCUAGAGAUGCAAGACCCCAAACAGAUAGUUACGUGCCAUCAAGACAUAGAGAUAGGUCAAGAUCCCGUUCAAGGUCACCAUCUAGAUUCUGA